GCCCAUAUAUACUCUUUGCCUCAGCCUAUGUCAGUGGCUGGUCAGUGGUUAUAGUGGUCAUGGGUUAUGUUAGUAACGAAGGUAGAGACGGAAACCAAUAGACACUAAAGCAGGAUUGAUUUGACAGUCUUGUAUGUGGCACGUAGCCGUAAUUUCCCCCUUUGGCACAUAUGGGUUGAAGAAAUAAAUGAUAAUAAAAGUGCUUUCUUCAUGAAUUAUCGACAUGUGUUCUCAAAUACCAGAUACGCAAACUUGGGAAGGUGUUUUCUACAGUCAAGAUACGGAAGGAUGGACGGAUAGCUGGGGAACUCUUUAUGCUGUGAGAAAUGGGUUCAAGACUGUAGUGUUAACAAAGAAUGAAUAUUCAGUGGGUCGUUUACCGAGUUGUGAUGUCGUACUGUCAAAUGAAAACACUAUGUGUGAGAGGAACAGUUUAACUCCUGAAUCACAAGACCUUCAGAAAAUUUGUGUGGGUGUUAAAGAAGAUCUUCUUGCUACUUUUAGCAAAAUGCAUUUCAAAAUCAAGAAGGAUGUUUGUGUUGUGUUAGAAGAUAAUAGCUCCAAUGGUACCUUCAUUAAUGGUACAUUACUUGGCAAAGGGAAAAAAACAAUAUUACAGAGCAAUGAUCAGAUAAGUUUGGCUCAUCCAGAUUAUAAAGUUAAAGAUGACUUUGUAGUGUCCAGGAGUUUGGGGAAAGGAGCAUAUGGAGAAGUAAUGUUGGUGUUCCAAAAGAAAACGUUUGAUAGAUUUGCAAUGAAGGUUGUGAAAAAGAGGACACUUAACCCAACCAAAGAUAUUUUGAUGAAUGAAGUUAACAUAUUAAGAUCUCUAGAUCAUCCAUGUGUGAUCAAGAUUCAUAAUGUUGUUAACUCUCCCGAGUCAGUGUUUAUUUUUCUAGAUUACAUGGAAGGAGGAGAUUUGUUUGAGAGAGUUAAGUCUCUAGGAAAAUUGAAGGAAUCAGAGACAAAAUGGAUCAGUUACCAAAUAUCCAAAGCUGUGGAAUACCUGCACAAACAAGGAAUUGCCCAUAGGGACCUAAAGCCGGAAAACAUCUUGCUUUCUUCUGAUAAAAAGAAUCCCAUUAUAAAGAUAACAGAUUUUGGACUGUCUAGAUUUUUUAAUUCCCAAAUGGUUAUGAAAACUGUUUGUGGUACACCAUCUUAUGUUGCUCCGGAGAUUCUGGAAACUAAGGGAUGUGGUGUUUAUUCUAAUCAAGUAGAUGUGUGGAGUAUGGGUGUCAUUCUUUAUGUAUGUCUGAGUGGCAGUUUGCCAUUCAGUUCAGAGAGACAAGAUAUGACCCUAGGCGAACAAAUUUGUUCUGGUUCCUAUUCAUUUCCCGAACGUUAUUGGAGAGGGGUAACCAAGAAGGCAAUUGAUUUAGUGAAAAAAAUGAUGACUGUCAACCCCAAGUUAAGAAUUACAGUGAAUAUGAUUCUCUCUCAAUCCUGGUUCCAGGACAGAGAUUUAGAACAAAGACUCGAAGUUACUAAUUUAUUUGAGAACCGUGGAGAUGAAAAUGAACCUCCGCCAAAAAGACAAUGUUUAGAUGCUUUGUAAGAAUCUGAAUUUAUGUGUUGAAAGAGAAUGUAAUUGUUUGCAUAUGACAGUUUGCAAAAUAAUUUUCUUGUACAUAUUCACACUGAAAACAACUCAGGAAAACAUAUUAUUGAAGUUACUAUUUAAUUUUUAAUGGCUGAAGAGAGUGUGAUCUGCAUGUUGUGCAUUUCAGCUCUUCAGCUGAAUUAAAUGUAACCUUUCAUUCAUAAUAUCAGUAGUAAUCAGAGAGGAAAUUAUUGUAAGUAUGCAUCGUGAGUACAAAUGGAAAGUACUGUUAAAAAAAGUUGCAGUACGGUGCUAUAUUAUUUAAAAAAAGUUGUUUGUCUGUUUAUGUAUGUAGUCAUUCUAAUUUUAGUCUUGAAUUUUGUUUGUAAAUUAACCUUUUGUCUCCUGCAGUGAAAGUAAUUUGUAAAAGUUGUUUUCGUAGGUUGUGUAGGAUACAGUUCUCAUAGUUUGUUUUUUUUGGGUUUUGAAACCUACAUUUAAAAUCUUUUUACAUGUUUUUGAGAAAAUGGAUUAGAAGUUAUUAUGAGCAACAUAAAUUAUGUUCGUAUAUCAAUACUUAGUGAAUUGAACAUUCUGUAAAAGCUCUGAAACUAAUUUUUCAACUCUGCAUGAUGUUCAGUGUAUUAGAUUCACUUAACAUUCUCGUGAAAGUUUUUUUGACUUUAUUUACUAUUCUAUGACUGUUUUUUACGUUAUAUUUCUUGAUCAAUCAUUUAAUGUAUUUUCCUCCAUUUUCUGGAGAAUUGUUCAUUUGAUACUUUUAAUUAUAUUGUCUUACCAUAUACUGUAAGAAAAACAAAGUUCAUUAAAAAGUUUGCAGAAAGCGAAGUAUUUUCUCAAAAUAAAUAUCUGUAUACUCC